GGCUCUUGUUAAAACCAGGCGCGCGCCUUUGUUGACAGCAGAGUGAGGCGAGGCUGUUGCUUCCCACGACGAGGACCCGCUUCUCAGCGACGGAACCAGCGCGACAAGUCCCCCGCCUUACCGUACGAAUACCCCCGAACGACCAGCAGUCAUGGUGGCCAUGGCGAAGAGAGUGAAGAGCUUCCAGGUGAUCUUUUCCGACCCGAGCAAGACGUUCUACUGCGGCGGGGAGAAGGUGUCCGGGCGCGUGGAGGUGGAAGUGAACGAGGUGACGCGCGUGUCCGCGCUCCGGGUUCUGGGUCUGGGCUGCGCCAAGGUGGAGUACGCGAAGGGCAAGCAGCGGUGCCGCCAGGAGGCCGAGUAUCUCCGGUACGAAGACGUGCUGCUCCUGGACGACCACCCCACAGACUCUGAUGGAUCAGUCGUCUUGAGGCCCGGCAACAAAUAUCAGUACCUGUUUGGAUUUGAGCUCCCGCAGCAAGGGCAGCUUGUGUCGUCAUACAAGGGGAAGUUUGGCUAUGUCCAGUACUGCGUGAAGGCCCGGAUGGAGAGGCCACAGCAGCCCACUCUGGAGUGUAAGAAGUCCUUUGAGGUGGAAGAGCCCCUGGACGUCAACACCCCCGACCUGCUGUCUCCCACAGGCGGCGUGAAGGAGAAGAAAGUCACGUGCAUGUUCAUCCCCGAUGGCCAGGUGUCGCUGAAUGCAAAGAUCGACCGCCGCGGCUUCUGCGAAGGCGAAGACAUCUGCAUCAACGCCAAGUUCGAGAACACGUGCUCCCGCAUCGUGGUGCCCAAGGCCGCCAUCAUCGCCAAGCACACCUACCAGGCCAACGGCCGCACCAAGGUGUUCCGCCAGAAGCUGUCCUCGGUGCGGGGCAACCACAUCAUCUCCGGCAUGUGCGAUGCCUGGCAGGGGAAGACCAUCCGGGUGCCCAAGAUCAAACCGUCGAUGCUGGGCUGCAACAUCAUCCGGGUGGAAUACGCUCUCAUGAUUUACAUCCACAUCCCUGGAAGUGAGAAGCUGAUCCUGGAGCUGCCGCUGGUCAUCGGUACUUCCGGUCUGGGCAGCCGCAGCAACAGCGUGAGCAGCCAGGACAGUUUGUCCAGCUAUGCGUCCCAGAGCUGGGUGUCCCUCCGGAUGCCCCCGGAGCUGCCCAGCUACUGCGACAUCGCCCGCGACUGCCGCCUGGACCAGCCGCUCACGCCGCUCCUGGACGACGUCGACGGAGACGACAGCCCCAUCUUCAUGAACACGCCGGCCUUCCAGUUCCCGCCCCUCCCGGCGUACGCAGAGGCGGAGGAGGAGUUCAACGGCAACGCUCGCAUGCUGCCGGUCUGCUGAGGGACUCAGAGCGAUGGUCCGGCUCUCGGGGACCGUUUAUCUUAAGCACGUGAAAAAGGAGCAGAAGGUCCAAACUCCAGAGGAGCUGUGAUGGCCGGAGGACGACGGGCCUGUGGGAAGACGCCGGCCCGCCCCGGGGGUCUUCCGCCUGCCGCUCUCCCGGUUGGGGACCCGGAGGCCCCGCCCCCGGCUGUGGCGCGCUGCAUUGCUGAACACGCUGUCCCUGUGCAAACACUCAAGGGUCUCACUUCACUUCCCAGCCACUUUCUGACUUUGUCUCGGGGGCCCAGCGUUGUGUGCCCCCCCCCCCCCGGCCUGCUGCGACGCCUUUGCCCCGUGUGGCUUUGUCUUGUCCUCAUGAUGCGUUGACAUCCCUGUCAGCCGCUGUGUCUUUAAGGGGUCUCACUCCACUCUCAGAGGGUUCAAUCCACCGUUCUUCAACAAGUCAAAAGUUUGUGGGGAAUAUUGCCGCCUUUGAGAAUCACAGCAUGUCAAAUAAUCUUCCUUGGCAGCUCAUGGAACAUAAUGCAGCAUUUAUAUGUUCUUAUCUACCGGUGUUUGAAAAACAGUUUCUUAUUCCUGUAUUUUAUGCACUUUUUGAUUGAUGCAUUUUGCUCUUCUCCUGCCUACAAGACUUCCAUGUGUUAUUGUGUGAUCAAUGAUCGUGAUGUGGACUUUCUGUUUGGAAAACUCAACUUUUUUGGAAACUGACCUCGGGAUCCUCUGAACGGUUGUCCACGACGACAUGAAACCACUGAGAUCUCCACUGGGGUGGUUUACCAGCUUCACUGUUAAAGACUGAUUCAUGAGAAAGUAUGUUUGCAAUGAAUUCUUGAUACUUUAUAAGGUGUAUUUCUUUUGUAUAAAACCCUAUGGGUUGUUUUUUAUUAAAGAAACGUUGAAAAUAA